AUGCAAAACACCAGGGGUUGUUUUGCCUCGGUCUGGGACUCCUUGCCGAGGAAGAUCUUGUUCUACGUGGUGGUACCGCUGGGCCUGUACCUGUUUGACGUCACCACUGACUUGUCGCUGGCAGUUCAGUACUACAACAGCGGGGAUUUUACCUGGUUUGGCUUGACGCUCGGGUUUGUGCUCGGGCCGUCAAUAAUCAUAAAUAUCUUCUCAUUGCUCAUAUCAGGGAAUGUUAAAGACAGCAAACUGAUGAGUUUUAAGGUCCUGCUUGCUAUCCUGCAAUUGGGUGUGUUCCCAGUAUAUCUCAACAUCCUGUAUCUGUUAGUGAAAGGUAAUGAUGUGGACAAACAUAUUGUGAUAAGUCUUCCCGCUGUACACCUGUUGGAAGGCAUGUUGGAGAGCGUCCCUCAGCUGUGCCUACAGCUCUACAUCCUCCUCCUCACAGGUGAACAGGUCAGCGUCCUGAAGGUCAUCACCAUGGUGGCGUCACUGCUGGCAGCAGUCAAGGCUGUGGUCACAGGUCUUUACUAUUUUGUUAUCAAAGCAUUAGACAUGACAUGUAGCUGUGGAUUUGUGACAAGGCUCAUCCUCCUCACCGUAUGGAAAGUGGUAGAACUCAGUGUGCGUGUACUGGCUAUAGGGCUGUUCGCGUCUGCCUUUCAACCAUGGAUCGCCCUGCCCAUCGGAGUGCACUGGCUGGUAAUGACAGUUACUAUCAUAUGUAUUGAUAAGAACGCUAUAGUCUUCCUAGGUAUUGGAGCAGCCCUACUUAUGGCCGUGGACACCUUCAGCAUAACCUUCUCUAUGGCCCACAAUCGGACGUUCUGGCUGAGCACCGUGCUGACGUUGCUAGGUAACAUCACCAUGGUAACGGUGUGGUACACCCUGAAGGCGGGACAGGACUGGUACGAUGUUCCCGCCCUGGUGGGUGUGCUUGUCGGGUCUGUCGUCUCUGCUGGGCUCGGAUUUAUCCUAAUGGUGUUGAGAGGAAAGAUAAGGCCUCCCUUUACGUGCUGUUGUGAUAAGUCACCAGAAGAACAGGACUCGCGUGCUCCAGACCCAGAAGAACAGGACUCGCGUGCUCCAGACCCAGAAGAACAGGACUCGCGUGCUCCAGACCCAGAAGAACAGGACUCGCGUGCUCCAGACCCAGAAGAACAGGACUUGUUAGCUCCAAGUCCUAGGACAUAUAUGGAGUUUGAAACUAAUGUGUAAAAUAUCCCAUGUCCACAUUUUUGGUCUCUAAGAGAACAGUUUUAAAUCUUUUGUCUGAUAGGAAGCCCAGUAAAACAUAUAACAUGUUACACAUGAUUAUAGCGUUAUUUUGCACUUAAAAAAAAUUUAAUCUCUAAAUUGUGUUCUAGCUAUCUCCUUUAUACUACCCACCUUAUCAUAUGAACUCUUGACUUUUAACCACCACUGUGUACAUACAAACUGAUAUUGCAAACUUUAUAUUUAUGUAAGUAUAACUUGA